AUGGCAUCCUGGGAGCUGCUCGACGAAAAGGGCGAAUCCGAGCUUCACAAGAGCCGGCUGCUCAACGUGGAGGAAAAGCCCUUCAAACGCAUCACCAAGCGGCUGUCGUCCAUCUCCGCGAUUGUCUCCAGCGCCAUCCAAUCCGACCCCGCCGCGCAAAACGGCCAGACCACAAGCAGCGCCCAGCUGCAAGAAGACCUCACAUUCGACUUCGCCGCCUUUGACAGCAGCAUCGCCCGCUUCCAGUUCCUCCACGACGCAAACGUACGAGAGCGACAACGCUACGAGGCGGACAAACAACGCAUCCUCGCAGAAUGCCAGGCCGCGCGCGAGAACAACGCUCGGCUGCGAGAGCAGCUGGAAGAUGCCAAGGCGACUCUGGCGCGGCGCAAGAAGUUUGACGAGCUGGCGGAGAAGAUCCUCUCGAAUCGGCUGCUGCGGCCGCGCGAAGACCAGUUUGCUGCUCUGGAGAAGCUGGAGGAGGAGUGCAAGGAGCUGGAGCGCGAAAGCGAAACAUACAGCGGAACGUGGAAGGAGCGGAGAGACCAGUUCAACAGGAUCAUGGAGGAGGGCAUGUUGCUGAGGCGGCAGAUCAGAGACGAGAAGGAAGAGGUAGACAGGAGAGAAGGAAUGAACGAGGGCGGAGAGGACGAAGCAGAGGAACAGCGCGGCGGCGAGCCCAGCGCAACCGGGACACCGCGCCCAGACGGCGACGGUACAUCGAACGAGACGCCCCAGCCGACAAUAUCUGUGGAUGCGCCGACGCCGUCGGUGAGCUCGCCGCGACCAGAUCGGCUGCAGCAGCUAUCUGCUGAAGGAACAGGUUCCAGAGCAGCCAGUAGGGCUUCGACGAGGGAGCCGUCGCGGACGCGACUGCGGGAAGGGUCGGGGAGUGAGACGGGCGAGGAUGUUGAUAUGGAGGAUACGCGACAUGAAGAGGGUGAAGAGGAGGAUGGGGAAGAUAAGUCGGGGGCGGGGAAUGGUGAGAAGAUGGAGGUUGAUAAUUAG